AUGUGUGGGGAAGCGAAUCUUACCGAAGAUGAGGAAGAGGACGAGGCUGAAGAAAAUGAAGCUGUCAACGUCGAACUUGAAAAGAAGGUUUCUGACUAUGAUUAUUUAGUUGGAAUGGCUAUUUGGAAAUUAUCUAUGGAAGACAAAGAUAAAUUGCUUGCUGAAAGUGAAGCAAAAAAGAAGGAAUUGAAUAUUUUGAAAGGAAAGGAAUGGUUUGAUUUAUACGAGGAAGACUUGAAAACAUUUUUGGAUGCUUUGGAUGCACAGAGAAGGAAACUAAAGAAGCAAAUGCAGGGAAAAUCAAACCAAAAAUGA